AUGGAACGUGAAGGGUUUUUGAGAAGCCUCCAGUUCCUGGAAUCAGCAGGGUUAAGGGUUGGUGCAGUUGUCACAGAUCGGCAUCCUUCGAUACAAAAGUAUCUGAGGGAGCAACGACCUGACAUCCAGCAUUAUUUUGAUACUUGGCAUGUCUCUAAGGGUCUCGCCAAGAAGAUCGAUGCACUAGGGAAAGAGCGUAGUUGUGGAGAGGUUCUGGCCUGGAGGAGAAGUAUCAUAAACCACCUUUACUGGUGUGCAUCCUCUUCCAAGACAGGCACUAAAGCUUGUGAACGGUUUUGCGACCUGAUGAUAAACCAGCGACUCCUGAAAGACGUGUCAAAACUGAGCCCUCACCAUCAGACCUCCACAGUUGAAGGCUUCCAUAGCCUGAUAUUGAAAUUUGCUCCGAAAAAUGUGGCAUUCUCUUUUUUGGGAAUGUUGAACAGGUUGCACCUUGCUGCUCUUCACUAUAAUGAAAAUUCCAAUCGCGAGUAUGCAUGCAACCGGAGUGGUGAACCGUCUAUCAAAGUGAAAUGGCCAAAAUACAAAAAGGGGGAUCAUUCCCUUCACUACACAAAAACAGAACCAACCUACAACUACGUGGAGAGUCUGCUAAGACUGUUUUUUGAGGAGGUGGUCAUCAAUCCUGGCCCAUACCAAGAGCAGAUUAAUGAACUGAAGGUUCCAGACCACUUAUGUGCUGCCUUUGACAAGCCCAACCUACAGGAAUCUGAAGUCAGACCCUGGUCCCGUUUUACACAGAUGGAGUAGGAGCAGGUUUAGAUAGAGAGAGUGAGUGUGUGUGUGUGAGUGUGUGUGAGAGAGUGAGAGUGAGUGUGAGUGAGUGAGUG